GUCCUAUUAAUGACAUCAGUGUUGAUUUGGAAAUGUAAUUUGAUUAGUUUAAUAUGAAGACUUCUAUCGUAGGUUUCCACACAUUCAAACUCAACAAUACAGGAACAGAAUCGAGGCUUGUUCCUCUUUCUGAUUCCCACAGAAAACUAAAGAUGGGGUCAUGAUGAUAAACUGCAGUCCUGUCUUGCAGUAAUUCCCCAAAACUUAGGACGGCGCUAUUUCACCUCCAAACUCCUCAAGUUCAAACACCACUCACUUUUAUUUGAGGAAGGGAUCGGUUUUGAAGCGAACCCCCUCAGUGAUGCCUCUGUACACUGGGAGACCGCCUUUCCCUUCAGGCUUGAUCCCACGCUAGAGUUCUGUGGAGGCGAGAGAUGCUUUACCGGGAAAACGGUGACGCAGCAGCUGACGGAACUGACAGACGUCGGCGUCGUAUUGCUUAACCGAGAAGAGCUUUAAAAUCCAGAUCACAAGACUUGGCGUCCAGGAGUCCAGUGCUGGUGGAGGAAACCACCAAAACUGCGCGAAGACCCUGAAAGAUGGACAACGGAGGGUUUUGCUAUGACAAUUAUCACAGUGGAAGCAGUGACGAUGAGCUGGUGGAUAUUUCUGAUGUCACGGUGGACUACAAUGAGGAUGUCCCACCGUUGGAUCGAGAUUACAGCACAGGCCAUUGUAAAGCAGAUUGGAGACCGAACAGCAGUCCCAAGCUAAUGGAUCUGCUGGAUGUUUCUGGCAUUGGCACCUAUGAGGACUUCAACACCAUUGACUGGGUCCGAGAAAAGUCCAGAGACAGAGAUCGACAUCGAGAGAUCACCAACAAGAGUAAGCAUUCAACUCUGGCUCUGCUCUUCAGCAUCAGUGAUGCCUUUUCUGGCUGGCUUCUGAUGCUUCUCAUUGGACUCAUGUCAGGGGCUUUGGCUGGAGGUAUAGACAUUGCUGCUCAUUGGAUGACUGACCUUAAAGAGGGCGUGUGCCAGGACGGGUUCUGGUUCAAUCAUGAGGACUGUUGCUGGACGUACAAUGGGACCACUUUCAAGGAAAGAGACAAGUGUCCUCAGUGGAAGAGCUGGGCAGAGCUCAUGGUUGGAGUCAGUGAGAGCACUGUAUGGUAUGCGUAUAUGGCGAGUUAUUUUAUGUACGUGUGCUGGGCUCUUUUCUUCUCCUUUCUGGCUGUGAUCCUCGUGAGAGCCUUUGCUCCUUACGCUUGCGGUUCAGGAAUUCCAGAGAUUAAGACCAUCCUGAGCGGCUUUAUCAUCCGAGGGUACCUUGGCAAGUGGACUCUGAUCAUAAAGACCAUCACGCUGGUGCUGGCCGUCUCGUCCGGCCUCAGUUUGGGGAAGGAGGGUCCGCUGGUUCAUGUGGCCUGCUGCUGCGCAAACAUCUUGUGCCAUUUCUUCACUAAAUACCGUCGAAACGAGGCCAAGAGACGCGAGGUGUUGUCUGCAGCAUCUGCAGUUGGAGUGUCUGUAGCCUUUGGUGCUCCUAUAGGAGGUGUGCUUUUCAGUCUUGAAGAGGUCAGCUACUACUUCCCGCUGAAGACUCUGUGGCGUUCAUUCUUCGCAGCUUUGGUUGCGGCUUUCACCCUUCGCUCCAUUAAUCCCUUCGGCAACAGCCGCUUGGUGCUUUUCUACGUGGAGUUUCACACUCCCUGGCAUUUCCUGGAACUCAUACCAUUCAUCCUUCUGGGCAUCUUUGGUGGCCUUUGGGGGGCUUUCUUCAUUCGUGCCAACAUUGCCUGGUGUCGUUUGAGGAAGAACACCAGCUUUGGCCACUACCCCGUCCUGGAGGUCAUAAUAGUCACCCUGGUCACUGCAUUUCUGGCAUUCCCAAAUGAGUUCACCCGCAUGAGCAGCAGCACAUUGAUCUCGGAGCUGUUCAAUGACUGCAGUCUGCUGGACUCCUCCAAGCUCUGCAAUUAUACUAGUGUCGGUGGAGGAAGAGGAGGAAGUGUCAAUGCUACUAUUGCUAAUGCUCUGGCGGAUCGGCCGGCUGGGCCAGGGCUUUAUACGGCUAUGUGGCAACUGGCUCUUGCACUGCUCUUCAAGAUGGUCAUGACUGUCGCAACUUUUGGCAUGAAGGUGCCGUCUGGUCUAUUUAUCCCCAGUAUGGCGGUCGGGGCCAUAGCCGGCAGACUUCUGGGUGUUUUCAUGGAGCAGCUGGCUGUCUACCACCACGACUGGGCCAUUUUCAGAGGCUGGUGCUCUCCUGGGACGGACUGCAUCACGCCAGGCCUCUACGCCAUGGUGGGCGCAGCAGCCUGUCUGGGUGGAGUGACCCGUAUGACGGUCUCUCUGGUGGUCAUCAUGUUUGAGCUGACGGGGGGUUUAGAGUACAUUGUACCUCUUAUGGCUGCUGCGAUGACCAGCAAAUGGGUUGCGGAUGCCUUUGGUCGCGAGAGCAUCUAUGAAGCCCACAUCCGUCUCAAUGGCUACCCCUUCCUAGAAGCCAAGGAGGAAUUUCGCCACAAGACUCUUGCCACAGAUGUGAUGCGUCCCCGACGGAGCGACCCGCCACUGUCAGUGCUCACACAGAGCGGUAUGAGUGUGGAGGAGGUGGAAAGACUCAUUGCAGACACCACCUACAGCGGCUUCCCUGUGGUCCUCUCACUGACGUCUCAGAGACUCGUGGGCUUUGUAUUGAGGAGGGAUCUCAUCAUUUCUUUAGAAAAUGCACGGCGGCAUCAGGAGGGUGUGGUGAGUGUAUCUGCAGUCCUGUUUACAGAAUGUGAUCCACCCGCGUCCCCAAAUGCUCCUCCUGCGGUCAAACUGCGCAGUAUUCUGGACCUCAGCCCCUUCACGGUCACCGUGCAUACGCCAAUGGAGAUCGUGGUGGACAUCUUCCGCAAACUCGGCCUGCGGCAGUGCCUUGUCACUCAAAAUGGGCGUUUGCUGGGAAUCAUCACUAAAAAGGACAUUCUUAAGCACAUGGCGCAGAUGGCUAACAGAGACCCGGAUUCAAUCCUCUUCAACUGAAGACUCUCAGGAUUGGACAGAGAGGACACACACACACACACACACACACACACACACACACACACCGAGGACUAAACUAUCAUGUGGUUAGUGUGUGUGUGUGUGUGUGUGUGUGUGUGUGUGUAUGUUUGUGUGUGUUUGUGUGUCUUGCUGAGGUACUGUUAUAGAGUGGUGUGAAAGUGGCCCAAGGCAGCUUAUCGUUACUCCAGAACUGGACAUGUUUAGACAAGAGCUGUUUAGCCUGUCUGGAGGCCAGAGGGACGUAUAUAAUGUGAGGAAUACUGUCCUCUCACACCUGUGAACCUAUUGGGCCAUAUCUCAGCUUUUGCCAUCAGAACUUACUGAAUGUGGACCAGCUCUGAUUCCUGCCAAGACAUAUAUUUUUGGGAUCAACAAUUUUUUGGGGUGGCUCUAUGUUCAUUUAUUUGAAUGUAAAGUAUUCUUAAGAUGGUUACAAGGCUCUUGGGCUGGUCUUGGUUGCUGGUUUUGCACAUAUACAAAGCUGGGAGACCAACUGCGAUAGUUUAACAAGGAUAGUUCACCCAAAAUUGAAAACACUUCUUCUUUUCUUGCUGAUUUUUCCAAUUUUUUUUUUUUUAUUUUAUAGCAUUUUCGCUAUACUUUAGAUGUGUGUGGCUACUUUUUUCAAAAUUCUUCAAAAUAUUUACUAACAAAAAAUAUCUAUCCAACAAGAAUGUUUGGAAUUACUUGAGGAUGAGCAGAUGGGGCAUACAUCUAAACUUCUGAGUUAACCAUUUCUUUGAAGAUGGUCUUUCAGGUUGAUCUGGGUUACUGGUUUUAGACAUUUACCAGGUAACAAGACCAGCUAGCCAAGAUCCUCUUAAACCAAGGUCAGCAAAACGAGUAGAUUAAGCUAUUUUUUUAACAGGGAUUCCAUCCCUGGAGUGACGUCUGAUCUCGAGAGGAACUUCAGAAGGGUGAGAACAUUCCUCUGAUGAUCUGGGGAACGUGCGCUCAUGGUGUCUUGUCUGAACCUGCGUGUGUCGAGUGAUCCCUGUGGGAAGAUGUCUUCUUGAAGUGCGCUGAAAUUUGGUGCAUCAUGUUCAAAAGUCAGAGAGGCGCCUAGUCUUACCUGUUUGAGAGGGUUUAAAUGUACUAAAGAAUCUAAAUAUAGUCUAAAUGUACAUUUUGGAGGCAUGCUUUAACCAAAAAUACUUAAUAUUUCCUCAAUCUCAAGAGGUUCCAAACUUUUAUGGGUUUCUAUCUUCUAUUGAACACUAAAGAAGCUCUUAUAAAGAAAGAUGAAAUUGUAAACUUUCCUUUCAUAGAAGGGAAAGCUAAUACUAUUGAAGUCAAUGGUUACAGGUUUGAAUCAUUCUGCAAAAUAUCUCCUUUAGUGUUCAAUACAAGUAAGAAACUUAAACAGGUUUGGAAUAAGUUGAGGGUGAAUACAUGAUGAGAGAAUUUUCAGUUUUGGAUGAACUAUCCCUUUAUCUUAAAUUAAAUAAAGUGAGUUUUGAUAUUAUGACAAAAGGUGCCUUAAAGGAUGUAACCAAAUCUGUAGUCCUUUACUAAACCUGUUUGACUCUGUCUUCAGUGGAACACACACAGUUUGGGUGCCAACAUUCUCUGAAAUCUUUCCAUUUGUGUUCUGCAGAAGUAAGAAAGUGCCUUUGGAUGCCUUCGGUAGUUCAUAUUAAGUUAAAAUGCCCUGGUUCUACCUCUGUCUCUCUCUUGCUUAGUCUAACAAGGGGCUUAUGUUUUUUCCAAUUUUCACUCUGCUCCCCAAAUGAAUCAGUCUGUAGUUUCUGUUUGCUCCCAGCAAGAGGCACUGUCUCCCAGAUUGACCAAUCUGGACAUUCUGCACCAUCUGAUUGAUUCUUGGCUCGCUUUUCUCUCUGGGUGUGUUGCGGUAUUCUCUCAUGUCAUUACAUUAGGGACUUUUUCAUGCUCAUAUUGAGCACCUGGACCAUUCAGCGCAGUCUUUAGAGAUGCGAAUCCACUCGUCUGUCCAUCACCCUCGCUCGUCUUUCCUAUGUAACCGCAACUGUCGUCCUCAAGCAACCUCUGUAAAGCAUCUUUCGGCACCUCCCUUGUUUGGCUGUGAGGAUCCGAUCAUGACAUAACGAGAUCCUCCCUGAAAUGAAAGGCUAAACUUGUACGCAGACCCCUUCUUUGGCAUGGUCACUUGACUUUUUUUUUAUUGUUAAUGUAGAAAAACCCUCCACCCUUCAGUUUUUUUUGCUCCCUGCAAUGGCAUUUGGGUUGUUUAUAGCCUAUUAAUGGCAUUCAACUCUUUUCAUGCCAGGUCUAAACUCUGACUCUUUCCCGGCUCGCCGUAAUUCCCGGGAGCUGGAACUCGGGCAGGGAGGUCUUGCAGGGCUAUUGUUCCCAUUCGCUCCUGCUCGUCUGGGCUCCCGGUCGCCAGGAUGUCCCCCGACAAGCACCGGCACGCAGUCCCGACCGCCUUCCACUCUUAGACUUUUUCCGGUCCCGUCUUUAAACAACGGCACAAUUAUAAUAGAGCAGAGGAAAAAAGAAAUUCUUGCACUCUGAUUACUGAAAGAAAAGGUGUUUGUGUGGGAGAUUAUGCUUUUCUCUUUUGCCCUGCUAAGGAAAACAUGGGAAUAUGGGAGGAGGGAGAGGAGAAAAGGUUAAUUAAACAGUGUUCAGUGGUCAGUGGAAGGAUCGUUUCACAAAGGUCUCCUCUGUGUCACACGGUGGGGUUAUUGGAGAGUCUUGGCACGGAGGACUUUCACUCAUUCCUGCAAUCCGGGUGGGUGCUGAGCCUCUUUGCACUGUAACCCAAGCCUUGAUUGGUGCAGAAGGAGCUGAGCCAGGACCGGGACCAAAUGAAAUGUUGUAAUGUAAAACAGGACCUCCUACGUUCUUAUCUGGAGAACCUGGACUUCCACUUCUCAACUCAGGGAGGCAAACAAACAGCAUGUAAACAGCUGUUUAGUUGGCAUUUGUACGCAAACAGCCGGUUUAGGGAUGAGGACAAAUGCUAAACCUGAGUAAACGGGCGUCAGCGAGUGUGUUUACGACAUAUAUCUGAAGAAACCUGUGAUUUUUCUCACCAAAAAAAGAAAGGUGAUGCUGUUAUUGCUAAAAUAAUUUAUUCCAAAGCACUCCUCGGAGAUAAAGAGUUUGUCUCUUUUUAUUGUUGAUAAGAGAUGUUAACUGUAAUAUGUAUUUAUUUUGCACAGAUUAUGUUUUCUAUUGCAGUAUUUGUACGUGAUCGAUUUCCGUCACAUUGUCAAAGGAGCGUUUGUUCAUUUGAAUAAAUCCAAAAUGCAGACUAUAUCCAUCUGGAGGUCAUAUGGCUUGCGUUUAUAGCUCAGAUGUAUAAAGAAUCACUUGUGGGUUUAAAUUCUUCAUAUUUUUUUUAAAUUAUCUUGCAUAAUCAAAGUAUUAAGGACAUUAAAAUUCCAGAAACAUGA